GCCAGCUGGCAGAGGGUGUCAUGGCCGCCACAAACGUCACUUUCCGAUGGCUCGAUAUACUGGAGAAGGAAUUCGACAAGGCCUUCGUUGACCUUGACCUCUUGAUAGGUGAAGUUGACCACUAUGAUGUGGAGGAGCCUGACUUUCAAGCACAAGCUCGAUCUAGACUGGAGGCACUCUCAUCGUGUUUUGCACAACUUGCUCACAAGGCGCAGACAGUCUUCCAGGCCAAUGCUAAACUUGAGGCAGAGUUGGUGCACCUUCGCCACGAGUGUGCAGAGGGUCGAGCCUUCCGCCAGGUAGCUGAGGCAGAGAGCAGAGAGCUCUUAAUGAAACUGCACUCCAGCCAGCUACAGUUACACUCCACUGGUGGAGCAGCUCGCACACAAGACUCGGAGAAGAUCAGAGAGCGGCUAGAUGAAUGUGAAAAAGAUUUGGAAGAGCAGCGAUCAGAGAACCUUAGAAUUAUGAUUGGAACACAUGAAGCAGCCAUAUUAAGGAAAGAAAAUGACACUCUACGUCGAUAUAUACUAGGACUACAAGGGGAACUCUUCGGAGCCAAACUUGCUGCCAAGUACUUAGAUAAAGAAUUAGCUGGAAGGAUUCAGCAGAUUCAGCUGCUGGGUAGAGACUUGCGAGGAGAAGAACAUGACAAAUUGUGGCGCCAGCUGGAAGCCGAGAUUCACUUACAUCGGCACAAGACUGUAGUGCGAGCUUGUCGCAGUCGUUUCACUCAUUGUUCACAGGUGUCUGGAGAUGGAAAUGCUGGUAUAGUAAAUGGAGGUGGAAUGUCACGGCCAAGCAAGCAGCAGCAACGGAGAAUUGUAACCUUACAGAAGCCUCCGGAUGAGGGUCUUGGUAUGUCAAUUACAGGAGGCCGAGAGCAUGGUGUGCCAAUCCUUAUAUCCGUCAUUCACCCUGACACGCCUGCUAGCCGCUCUGGACACCUAUAUGUUGGAGAUGCUAUACUAUCUGUUAAUGACAGGUCUCUAAAAGAGGUAAAUCAUGCAGAUGCAGUACAGUUGUUGUCAUCACAAGAGGGAACUAUUAGGUUAGAAGUAGUGUAUGUCUCUCCAGAAGAUGAUGAAGACGAUGCAUCACUUGUAGAAGAUCCUUAUGGCUUCAAGUACGUUACAUUGUAUUCCUUUUGGAGACGUUUGGAUGUUGACAUAAUUAAUGAGAGUGGAGAAGGCCCCACAAGUAAUGGUGCUGAUGAAACAUACACAACCAGUAAUGGCAUGGAUGAUUUAACAGCCAGUAAUGGCAUGGAUGAUUUAACAGCCAGUAAUGGCAUGGAUGAUUUAACAGCCAGUAAUGGCAUGGAUGAUGCAGUAUUACAUGGAAGCCUUAAUGGAGCAGCUGGCCAUCUUGAGUUUCAUAGUGAUGUGACAGGAAGUGAAGAUGAGGGCAGUGCUUACAGUGACACUAGAAACCAACUUGCAGCUGGCAUUGCUAUGUCACUUGAAGCUAUGCCAACUGAUUCUACACCAGAUGAAGGUCUAACAACAGAAAAGCUUAACAAGAAAAAAACAGAAAAGGAGCUCUCAUUUAUUAAUCCGCAAGAUUUAGGAGACAUCAGUUAUAAAGAAACACAAGAUUCUGUGACAGAAUCCUCUCUGAGCUCUCCGUCUGUGGAUGAUAAUGAGGAGUGCCCGCACCAAGGCUGCCGUACACCACUGGAAGACAUCGAGCAGAAGCUCAACACUAAUUUCUCCAUUGAAGAAGGAAAGAGCAAGCCUAACGUAGCUACACAUGCACCAGUACCUUCACCAGGAACAGUUUUGUUUAAUGGCAGUUAUUAGAAAGAAAUAGGCUUUAGCACCUCCUGAACCGAGAUGUCUGAUGAAUCAAUACUUCCUAAGAAGUACCUGCCACCGAGGUGGCAGGUACUAACUUGUUUCUUUCUUAUAAUUGAUGUGAACAAAAAGUAAACCUACUUAUUCUGGAAAUGUUAAUUGGUUCACUUAAAAUUAGCCAUGACAAGUACAUGAAGCUGUUUAAAAGAUACAUGUGUAUCAUUAUUAUAGGUAUGCAAAUAAUAUAGAAAUACUGUGUGAAUUAAUAGAUAUAACAACUAGGUACAUGUUAUAAAAAAAAAAAAACUAUAUUUUCUCUAAUGUAAAUUGACCUAAAUGAGAGGAAGCAUCAUGAAAAUAAUUAUUCGUUAAUAAUUUUGAAAAACUAUUUAAAAUACUGCUUUUUUCAAACUUGGCAAAUUCUUUGUACUGUACAUCACAUUCUUGAGCCAUCGUCACUUUUUAGGUACAUUACUGUGUUUAUUUAUGAAUACAGACUCCUAUCAAACAGUGUUUUAAAAAGAACAAAGAGGAUUUCUAGUGUUAUGUAAUUACUUGCCAUCAUUAUGAAAUGAAGAGGUUAGUACUUGUGCAUACUGAUCAUGCUAAAAUACUCUUAAUUAUUAUUUAUAAACAUUCAUAUGUUCAUCACUGUCAUGCGCAAUCUAUUAUAAACACACUUAGUUUUGCUUCUGUUCUCUAAAUAAUUCAUAUGUGAACAUUUUGGCACCUAAUUUAUUGUUAUUACUCAACAAAUAACAGAUAAAAUGCAAAAUGAUUGUAAAAAAAGUUCUCAUUAAUGAACAGCUCAGUUUUACACAGGUUAACAAGUUAGUUUCAUGUUCAGUGUUCCAAAACCCACUAUUAGUGCAUUAAUAAUAAUUAUAAUAGUUCAUAUUCACUAAUAAAGUAUCGUUAUAAACUUUUGCAAUUACUAAAGUGCCCUAAUAAUAAUAAAAUCCUCUACAGUUGUAUUCAGAGUCUUAGGCAGUGAUGUGUGGGGACGACUGCGACUGCCAUCAAUCAUUCUCUCUUUGUUUCUCACUUCACCUCACAUCUCCUAAUCUCAUAACUUCCUUGGAAUUAAAGUGUAGAUUAUAAAGUGUUUGUUGGUUUUUUCUGAAAUAUACAACUUUUCUAGAGAAAAGAAUUUACAAAAGAUAAUAAAUAUUGACCUCGUUUGUGAUGUGCUUCCACAUUAAAUAAAGGUUUUAAUAUUUUGUAUUUACAAUUUGUGCUAAUACAGUAUUUAUAUACUGUAGGAUGCUCAUUAAACUUAAAGUACAGCACUGUUGAUAGUUACAUAAAUAUUUAUUGCAUGUUGAAUGAUCACCUGGUCCAAGCCUAAAUGCUACCAUAUACACAUGUGCAGUCCUCCCUUGGAAAUCCAGAUUUCGGAAAAAUUGCACUUUGUGUUUAUAUCCAAAUUAUUAAUAUUUUUUGUGUAAAACAAAAUUUCAAUAACAGAAUUUGGUUUUAUGUUUUUUGUAAUGAAUUUUCUAUGGAGUCAUCUAGGCCCCCUAAAAUUGUGCCUAUCAUUUAAAAUGGAAUCAGAACAAUAUUGAAAAUUACCAUUCAUACCUUAGUUUCUCCAUGCUCUUGUUGUUAAGUCAUUAAAUAAGGUUGCAUUUGUGCUUGAAUUAGCUGGAUUGCUAUAUUUAAUGAAAUGUUUAUAUUUAUUUGUCCAAUAUUUUCUCAUAUGCAACUGAUUUUUGUUUUUCAUAAUUGUAAUACAGUACCCAUGUUCCGUUAUGGAAAUAUGCUCUUAAAUUUAGAUACUGCUCUACUGUAAUAUUGUGACAACUAUAUAGUAAUCUCCAUUUUAGCUUGCAGUUUGUAGAGAAAAAAAAAUGUCAGUGAUGGACAAAUCAUAAAAUAUUAAUAUAUUAAGCACUUGUAUUAAUAUUUACUAAGUGAUUAUAUUUGUUUAUUUACUUAUUCAUAUAAUCACAACUAGAAAUUAAAAAGAAUCAAACCUUUCACUGAUUUUGAGACAUUACUUAUAAUUUGAGAAGUUGACACAAUGAUGCAAUGACUUAUUAAGGAUACUGAAAUAUCCUUUUAAUAUAAGACUUACCCUGGAACUAUGAGUUUGGUAUUUUGCACUCAGUGUGUAUAGUAUCAUAUUGUAUUUUACUAUGUACAGUAAUUUUGUAUGUGGGUACUGUAUUUAAAAUGUUAAAAAAAAAAAAAAAUGUAGUGUUUGCAAAUAUAUUUGCGAUUAUUUUAUACAUUAUAUACUGCAUACACAUUUGUAAUCUAUAUUCUGUAUCUGCUGUUAUAUGCUAUUGAACUUGGUUAUCAAUAUCAUAAUUAGUGAAACAUACAAUUAAUAAUAUUUGAUCAUCUGCUGUUAAUGGUGCUGAUAAAAUAUACAAACACCUGCCCACAUGCAGAGACUGAACAUUAUGCUCAUCCUGCAACUUGGGGUAAUCACAUGCGCACAUUUUCUCAAGAAUGUUUAUUGUUCAGUACUCUAGACUGUGUGAACAUCAGAUUGAACUUGAAUCAUAUUUUUUAACCAGACAAGUGUGAAUGAUUGAAUUUCACACACAAAAAGGGACCAUAAUUUUACCUUAUUGCAUUUAACACCACUGUUAACAGCUUCAGUGCAUUUCAGUGGUUUAUUUUUAUGGUUGAACAGAGCACAAAGUGCAGACAGCAAUGUAGAGAAACAGGAGGUAGAGAGUAGACUUUUACCUGUGUUGUUUAAUCUGCAAAAGAUGUAUCAAAGCCAUUGCAGGUGAAACAUCAUUUCUAACAGUGUACUCUGAACUUAGAAACAUUCUAAUGUAUAGAAACACUAUGAAAUUAUAAACUGUUUAUAUUGAUACAGUAGACAAUUUAAAAAACUUUUCAUAAUUCAAACAGCUGCUAUUGUAUAUAUUACUACAUACCACUUAUGAUUUAUUUAGGGCCUUUACCUUGUUAAUAUAGUACUUUUUCCUGAUGAAUCCAAGACAGAUUAAUGAAGCUGCAGGAUGGAAAGACAGGAUGUUUAGGUGUCAAUGGUUAGUACAAUUUAUUUUAUCUCUAUAACUUGCUGGAUCAAUUUUAUUCUUGAAGGUACCGUAUACUGUGGUGCAGGUACCCUAAAGUGCAUCUGUGGAACAUGACAUGCCAACAGUUUGUAAGUUUUCAGCUUCCUCCCUGGUUUCAAACCCUUUGUCUGCUACUGAAGUAGUUUAACUAUUGAAUUUAUUAAUAAUAAAGGAUUAUUUGUUUUUGUAAAUGAUUACUAAGGAUGUGUAAAAAUUAAGUGAAUUUAUAAUUUAUUUUGGGGCUGUGGAUACUGAGUUAAAAUGUCUUGUACAGGAGUAGCAGCUGUUAUGAUAAGUAAUUUUCACUAAUGAUCAGGGAAACCUAUCGACUAAGCAAGUACUGUAUAUGUACUUAACACUUUAUUACUGUAUUUUGAUCAAGGCGAAUGUUUUAUUUGUCAAUUGAAAUCCUGUAUUAUUACAUUUGAGAAGUUCGGGAUCUGCACAUGUGCAGCUUGGGGAUGAGCUAAAGUAUUAUAUAACAGAUCUGUGUAACACUUGUUUUACAACGUUAUUUAAAUCUAUAUACUUUAAGACAAUAUAUCCAAGUAUGUGUAUAGUAUCACAUUUCAUAAUACAUAUUGAUUGCCAUUUACUUUUCAUUGGGGCUUGCUCAUCUUUGCACAGCCCUACAAAAUAUUUUAACUAAACCAGCAGUGUGUUCUAUUACAUUUUUAAGUUAAAUAUUUAACAAUAUAUUUGCCUACAAAAUAUAUUCUUUAUUAAAUGUGACGCCUUGAUGAUGUAAGAAUUACAAAUGUUUGAUGCAGUAAGGUCAUGCAAUAUUGGUGCUCUGGGGGAAGGAAAAAUGGCUCCUAUGUUAUGUUAGAUGGUUGAAUAUUGUAGCAGUAUUUUGAAAACUGUGCAAGAUGAAGAGUAAUGCACCCGGUGCAUAUAGUUCUACAGCCUAACUUGUAAGUGUAAAUAUAUUUAUGGCUGUUAAGUUUGUGUUCUAUUUCACAAAUGCAAAUAAUGUAUAUCAAUACAAACAUUUUAUACAGGCGACAUAUUUUGUAUUCACAAAACUCUUGACAGUAAGUAAUUAUCAAAAGAAAGUGCCAAGAACUUCCAGGUAUUGUAAUUGAAAUUAUAUUUGAAAAUGAUAAAACUUUAAAUUUUCAUGAUUGUGCUACCAUUUUUAAUUUAUUUUUGCCUGUAUUUUAUUUUCAAUUAAGCACUGUAUGAUUUAAGUUUGUUUUGAAUAUUAAAAUGCUUGUGUGCUCUAAAGGAUUAGGUCAAUCUUAGAUUAUAAUCAAAUAAGUGGAGACCAGUAGAACACACACACAGUUGUGCUUAUUUUAAAUGUUAGAAUCAAGACAUUGUUUAAGGUUUUUAUAUUACUGUAUAUGCAACUUAUGUAUUUUGAGAUGAAUAUUAGUAGGUGUUUUGUAAGCCAAAGAUAAGUUUUUUGUUUUUUCUUUUGCCUUGAAUAUAUAUUAUAGUAUAACCAUU